ACUGCCGGUCUUUUCAAAGUUUUUUAACUGUGUCAGAGCCUAGCUCACAUAUGUACUCCAGUACUCCUUGUGAAGAUCGUGUUCAAGACAACUCUCUAUUCUCUACUGAGUGAAGUUACCAGUCAAAUAUCUGAUUCUGACUAUUUUGAUGGAGCUAUAGCACUUAAAAACAAAUACCAUGUCAGACGCUUGGGAAGAGAUCCAAGCCGUCAAAAGCAAGCGUAAUAGGUUGCGGGAGAAACUUGAACAGCGUAAAAAAGAGCGACAAAACAUAUUAAGCGCUAGUUUGGGCAGUGCAGAUAAACCUGAGGGGUCACCCAGUAAGGACAGUGCAGUGUCCAGUCCAGUCGCUAAGAAUGAUCCACCAUCAGAAAAACCCAAGGUUUUGGUACCAUCAGCGUCAUUAGAAGUGCGUCUCCUCCAAGUGCUUGCUGACAUGCAGUUGCAAUUACCCGCAACAGCAAGUGCACUGCUCCCUGGGUUAGGAGAUGUUGACGCGGGCAUUGUGGCUAAUUUGCUUGAGAAGUUUGCCACACAGAAAUUAAUCACCAUUAAAGAGCGUACAGAAAUCACACCAGAGAUUGAAGUGGUGGGCGCAGAAUCGGUGAGACUUGCGGCCGUACUUGCUGCACUUAUUGAGGAGCAGUCCACUACAAAGGCAAUUGUAAAGAGGAAAGGAGAAAAUGUGGUAGAAGAAGGGCCAAUGCCGAAAACGUCUAAGGCUGCCACAGAUGACAAAAAAGGAGACACUGAUAUUAUGUCACUACUGGCGAUGCCGUCAAGCCGCGAGAAAGCAGUGAAAAGAGUUGGCGAGGAGAUAAUGGACCUACUCAGUAAACCUACGGCCAAGGAGAAAUCGUUGGCUGACAAGUUCAAGAGCCAAGGAGGAGCCCAAGUAAUGGAGUUCUGUCCGCACGGUACUCGCGCUGAAUGCGUUCGUGCAUUGAACGCUGCGCAGGCAGAAGACGGCCAGAAACAAGAGUACACUUGCAAGAAAUUACACUUCAAGAAGAUAAUACAAAGUCACACAGACGAAUCCCUUGGAGAUUGCUCAUUCUUGAACACUUGUUUUCAUAUGGAUAGUUGCAAAUAUGUUCACUAUGAAGUAGACAACACGGAUCCGAAUGCAAAUCCUAGUAAACAGAUUGAGCCCACGCUGAAAGGAACACAUAAUGGCGUAACAAGUGUGGCAUCAAAACCAGACGGAGUUCUCACAUUGACACCCCCACAGUGGAUACAAUGCGACUUGCGAUUUUUGGACAUGACGUUCUUAGGUAAAUUCGCAGUAAUAAUGGCGGAUCCACCUUGGGACAUCCACAUGGAGCUCCCGUACGGGACGAUGUCUGACGACGAAAUGAGAUGCCUCGGCGUGCCGCAGCUGCAGGAUAGCGGGCUUAUCUUUUUAUGGGUCACUGGCAGAGCAAUGGAGCUAGGUCGUGAAUGCCUAAAACUUUGGGGCUACGAGCGCGUAGACGAGCUCAUCUGGGUGAAGACAAAUCAACUCCAGCGCAUUAUACGUACGGGCCGGACGGGGCACUGGCUAAAUCACGGAAAGGAACACUGUCUGGUGGGUAUGAAAGGUAAUCCAGAUAACCUGAAUCGAGGCCUGGACUGUGACGUCAUCGUGGCCGAGGUCCGCGCCACAUCGCAUAAGCCCGACGAAAUAUAUGGCAUUAUUGAACGGCUGAGUCCGGGCACAAGAAAAAUAGAACUCUUCGGUCGUCCACAUAACGUGCAACCAAAUUGGAUUACCCUUGGGAACCAAGUGGACGGCGUGCGCCUCGUAGACCCGGACCUAAUAGCCGCGUUCCAGAAGCGAUACCCCGAUGGCAACUGUAUGGCGCCCCCGCCUCCCGACCCUGGUCUCGCCUGAACUAUGACGUCACACAGAGUGCUGGACUAUUACGUCACCAUCAAUACGAUAGCGGCUUAACUAUCGUUAAAGUGCAGUCAUCAACAUCAGGGGACUGUCCGAUGUCCGAUCCAAGGGAUUUUUUUAACAGCUGUUUAAAGAUCAUCAGGUGUUUUACCACAUUAGUGUAAAAAUCCUGUCAUGUUUAUAUUACGUCCACUUGUCCGAGAUGACAUUACAAUAAUAAAAAUAAUAAAAUCUUGGAACCUGGGUCCUAAGUCUGCAAAAUUUUCUGGUCACUGUAGUUCCAUUGAGUUAAACUAUCAUUCUCACUGUUAAUACUAUUGUAUUUUACACUAUUGUGUAUUAACUCAAAAAGUGUAUAUUCUCAGAAUCGACGAAAAAUUUAAUAUAGACAAUUUCCUAC